AUGUAUACACCUGACGCUUUUAUCGGGGCUAUAAAGGCGGCACGGAAUAAAAGCGAGCCAUUUCAUGUCAAUGAAAUGUGUUUCGAUGAUUUCUUUGAUUGGAAAAGUAUAUGCACUCAAAUGAACUUUGCGAUAAUGAAAGAUGAAGACAAUAAUACUGUGAAACUGGCUGGACUCAAGAUGAUUAAAGUUCAAAGUUCUGAUCCCGAUGCCAUAUUUUUCAAAGAAUCAUACGCUGACGAAUUAUUCAAGAAAGCUAUAGGUGGUGAAAAAAAAUAG